CGGCCCCGGGCGGAGCCUUUGGCCGAACAGCGGAGUCGGCCAGUGGAGUUCUCUGGGCUCCCUAGAGCCUCAGGCCCAGGGUCUGAGCCUCUCUGAGACCCCUCCCUCUGGUGGGCCCCCGCCCCCGCCCACGGCCCCCACCCCUACCCCUGCUGGCCAUCCUGAGCUCGUCCAGUUCCGUGGGCUCCAUUAGGCAAGGAGUGUCGCUGCUGUGGGCUGGGCUUCGGGGGACCCACUGAGCAGCCCCAGGCCCGCUGGGCAUGACCCCCAGUCUCCCACCUCGCUGCUGGGCCUCACUUCCGCCGCUGGGGUGCAGCGGAGCCACCGAUAAGCAGCCCUGUUUCCUCUGGGGAAGGAAGGAAGGCUGGGGCCACUGGCCGUGCUGAGCUCACGCUGCCGGGGGGGCAGCUGAGAACCGAUGGACCCGAGCCACGGCAGGCCAGGGGACAAGGAAGGUGGCCCGGGGGCUGGACCCCCAGGAGGCCUGCCGCGGGAACAGAUCGAGCCUUCAUCCCACCACUUGUCGCCUGAGGAGCGGGCCCUGCUCUACGAGGAAGCUCUCUACACCGUCCUGUACCGGCUGGGGCAGCCCGAGCCCAACCAUGUGAGGGAGUCCUCCGAGCUGCUGCGGUACCUGCAGGAGGCCUUCCGCAUGGAUCCCGAGGAACAUCAGCAGAUGCUAAAGUGUGUCCAGCAGCUCGAGAAACCAGUCUUUUGUCUGAAGGCAACGGUGAAACAAGCCAAGGGUAUCCUGGGCAAGGAUGUCAGCGGGUUCAGUGACCCCUACUGCCUGCUGGGCAUCGAGCAGGGGAUGACGGUGUCCGGGGGUAGCCCGGGGCUCCGGCGCCGGCAGAAAGCUGUGGUGAGGCACACCAUCCCCGAGGAGGAGACCCACCGCACCCAGGUCAUCACCCAGACGCUCAACCCUGUCUGGGACGAGACCUUCAUCCUAGAGUUUGAGGACAUAAGCAACGCCAGCUUUCAUCUGGACAUGUGGGACAUGGACACUGUGGAGUCUGUCAGACAGAAGCUUGGGGAGCUCACAGACCUGCAUGGGCUGAGAAGGAUAUUUAAGGAGGCCCGGAAGGACAAAGGCCAGGACGACUUUCUGGGGAACGUGGUUCUCAGACUACAGGAUCUGCGCUGCCGUGAGGAUCACUGGUACCCCCUGGAGCCCUGCACAGACACCUACCCGGACCGCGGUCAGUGUCACCUCCAGUUCCAGUUUAUCCACAAGCGGAGAGCCACCAAGGCCAGCCGCUCCCAGCCCAGCUACACGGUGCACCUCCACCUCCUGCAGCAGCUGGUGUCCCACGAGGUCACCCAGCACCAGGCCGGCAGCACCUCCUGGGAUGGGUUGUUGAGCUCCCAGGCGGCCACCAUCCUCUUCCUCCACGCCACGCAGAAGGACCUGUCGGACUUCCACCGGUCCCUGGCGCAGUGGCUGGCCUACAGCCGUCUCUACCAGACCCUGGAGUUCCCUAGCAGCUGCCUCCUGUUCCCCAUCACCAGCAUCGAAUACCAGUGGAUCCAGGGCCGACUCAAGGCCGAGCAGCUGGAGGAGCUGGCCACCUCAUUCAGCUCCCUGCUGGCCUAUGGCCUCUCCCUCAUCCGGAGGUUCCGGUCUGUCUUUCCCCUCUCGGUGCCUGACUCCCCAGCCCGGCUGCAGUCCCUCCUCAGGGUCUUGGUACAGAUGUGCAAGAUGAAGGCCUUUGGGGAACUGUGCCCGGACAGCCCCCCCCUGCCCAGCCUGGUGACCGAGGCGCUGCGGGCUGGCACCGUGGGAUGGUUCCACCUGAAGCAGCAGCAUCAUCAGCCCAUGGUGCAGGGGCUGCUGGAGAUGGGCAAGGCCUUACUGAGCCUGGUACAGGACAUCAUUGGCGACCUGCACCAGUGUCAGCGCACAUGGAACAAGAUCUUCCAUAACGUGCUCAAGAUCGACCUCUUCUCCAUGGCUUUCCUGGAGUUGCAGUGGCUGGUGGCCAAGCGGGUGCAGGACCACAUCGCGUUGGUGGGCAGCUCGGUGACCCCAGAGGUAGGCGAGAGCCUGUUCCAGCUCUACAUCAGCCUCAAGGAGCUCUACCAGCUGGGCCCGCUCCCCUCGGAGAGGGAUGGCGUCCUGGCCCUGGAAGGCUUCCACCGCUGGUUCCAGCCAGCCAUCCCGUCCUGGCUGCAGAAAACCUACAGCGAGGCCCUGGCGCGCGUGCAGCGCGCGGUACAGAUGGACCAGCUGGUGCCCCUGGGGGAGCUGACCAAGCACAGCACGUCGGCUGUGGAUCUGUCCACCUGCUUCGCCCAGAUCAGCCACACUGCCCAGCAGCUGGACUGGCCUGACCCGGAGGAGGCCUUCAUGAUCACUGUCAAGUUCGUGGAGGACACCUGUCGGCUGGCCCUGGUGUACUGCAGCCUUAUAAAGGCCCGUGCCCGGGAGCUCUCUGCAGGCCAGAAGGACCAAGGCCAGGCAGCCAACAUGCUGUGCGUGGUGGUGAAUGACAUGGAGCAGCUGCGGCUGGUGAUCGGCAAGCUGCCCGCCCAGCUGGCAUGGGAGGCGCUGGAGCAGCGGGUGGGGGCUGUGCUGGAGCAGGAGCAGCUGCGGAACACCCUGCAUGCCCAGCUGCAGGGCGCCCUGGCGGGGCUGGGCCACGAGAUCCGCACCGGCGUCCGCACCUUGGCCGAGCAGCUGGAGGCGGGCAUUGCCAAGCACAUCCAGAAACUCGUGGGCAUCAGGGAGUCCGUCCUGCCUGAAGACGCCAUUCUGCCCCUGAUGAAGUUCCUGGAGGUGAAGCUCUGCUACAUGAACACCAACUUGGUGCAGGAGAACUUCAGCAGCCUCCUGAGUCUGCUCUGGACACACACGCUCACGGUGCUGGCAGAAGUGGCUGCCUCCCAGCGGAGCUGCCUCCUGGCCUCUAGCAGGCUGAAGUUUGCACUACAGAACCUGGAGAUCUGCUUUUACGCAGAGGGCUGUGGCCUGCCGCCCGAGGCCUUGCACACCGCCACCUUUCAGGCUCUGCAGAGGGACCUGGAGCUGCAGGCGGCCUCCAGUCGGGAGCUUGUCAACAGGUACUUCUGCUGCCGCCUCCAGCAGCAGGCAGCAACCACCUCCGAAGAGCUCGGGGCCGUCACCGUCAAAGCCUCCUACAGCCCCUCCGAGCAGAAGCUGCGUGUGGAGCUGCUCAGCGCCUCCAACCUGCUGCCCCUGGACUCCAAUGCCUGGUGCCCGCUGAGCCGUGCCAGAAGGACGGGGCGUGCCUCCUGCUCACGGUGCUGGACCACGACACGCUGGGGACCGAUGACCUGGAGGGGGAGGCCUUCCUGCCGCUGCGCUCCGUGCCCGGCCUGGCAGGGACGGAGGAGCCUGGCGAGGUGCCUCAGACCCGCCUGCCCCUCACCUACCCCGGACCUGACGGGGAUCCGAUCCUGCAGCUGCUGGAGAGCCGGAAGGGUGACCGCGAGGCCCAGGCGUUUGUGCGGCUGCGGCGGCAGCGGGCCAAGCAGGCCUCCCAGCAGCCGGGGCGGUAGCGGUGGAGGCUCGGUGCCUGGGGGGGCGGUCUGGGUUCUCCUGCCACAGUGCAGCCCUCCCGCCUGGCCUAACACCCUAGAAGGGCCCUUUGGGUCUGGGGAGCCCCAGUGUGUGGGGGCUUCUGCUGCCAGAGCCGGGGCCCAGUGAUGGGAGCCCAGUUCACAGUAUUUAUACUCCCUCCCUCCUCCCUCCCGUCCUGGCCUCGGCAUUCCCUGCAAGCCCCGUCCUGGGGUGGGGUGACAGCGGUCUGCUUCCCUCACCCCUGCCCCCGUCUUGGGGAGAAGUUCCUCUGGCAGAGCAGGUUCUCGGCCCCCGUCUCCUGUUCUAGCCGCUGGGGUGGGGGGCAGGCUCCUGGGGCCUGUUCUUCAGCACCCGUGUUGGGGAGAACCUCAGUCCCCUCCUGAGGGGCCAGGGACCUUCUGGCUCCGAAGUGUGAGAACUGGCGGGCUGCUGAGGACCCACUCCUCCUUGGGACAGUACCUACCACCUAGAAACUGUCUUAGCAAAAAUAAACUAACAAUCCGCUGUCCUCUCACCAAA